AUCUGUUCCCAAAACCCUCGAAGACCUGCAAGUUCUCGAAUCUCGAUCAAUUCUUAGCAGCUGGAGUAUGGGACGACGGUUAGCGGCAUGAUAAGCAGAGGAGAGAAUGGCAAUCUGGAAGGCUUGAUGGUGCACUUCUUGUUCCUGUGGUCAACUUCGUCGAGGUUGUUCAUGCCGGCCACCGGAUGCAGUUCACCGGCAAGAUCGCCUCCGCAAGUUCCCUCCUCGAUGGGUUUUACGCAGCCUGGAUUGCGGCUGCAGGUUCGAUUGCAACAGAUUGGGUCGGUGUUGGGCUCUGCAAUUUCCUAGCUCUGAAUUCUAAUUUUGUAACUAGGUCAGUUAAUAGUAUUAGUUAGAUACAUAUAUGAAUGGUUAUUGAAUAAUGAGGCAAAGACAUCGUGUAUGUUCUAUUUAAUCACUAAAAUGAAUGAAUGACAUUUAUCUAAGGGAUCGAAAAGGUCGAUAUAGUUUCCUGUUUAUUGGAACCAUGGCUAAUCUUUCUAAACCAGUUGGAAGCUCUGUUUUAAGAACCAGUCCACCUGGUAGUUAUCAGCAUCAAUGGGACAUGAUAUCAAGUAAAUGGUCUACAUAUCCUCUCUGGAGGGUACGAUUUAUCAAGAUGGAGGUUAUUCAUCAGCUUCGUCAAAGAUCACCCUGGCAUGGGAUUGAAUUUCCAAAAGUGCUCAAACCAUCACUGUCAAUGUCACUCCCUCCCCCUAUUAGCGUUCUGGAAAAUAGAGGGUAUUUCUAGUAUGGGGCCUUGCUUCCUUUCCCAUUACUUUACUCGCCACCGGCGUGGUGGUCGCUGAAAUUUGGAAACGUCACCGGAUCCCUGUAAUCUAUGGGUUGUUGGGUUAAAGCGAACUUAAUGUAUGUGAUAGUAAUUAGUUUUUUACUUUUUACAAAUAAUUAAUGUAGUUAUAAUUAAUAAUUACUUCAUGUGUGAAUGCAGGUGUAUAGCGUAUGCCAGGUGUACGCUAGCCUAAACCAUAUGUAUAUAUAUAUAUAUAUAUAUAGAGGGUAGGUUCUGUCUGUAAUUGUUCUCAAAUAUUUCUGCUAGUAAUGGGAAAGGAAGGGCAUAACUAUGUACUCAAAUGUCCUUCCUUUCUAUAUCUUCCCACCACUGUAGUUAAGGGUCACAAUGUGAAGUUUCUGUUUCAUAUUAUGCUUUUAUCUAUGGGAUGUGUAAAAUUAUUAUUUGUUUUAUUCAGGUUACUAUUGAGUUUCUAGGUCGUUUCCCUUAUAGAUUGUCUUCUUUUGUUCAAUUUGAAUUGUGGAAUACCAUGGAGUUCUUUGCCUGCAAUAUUUUCUCAUAUGUUGGAUAAUUUUUCCCCUGUGGAUGCUCUUCUUUUGUUUCUCAAAUUUUGUUCAUAACUGCCAAAUCAACCUUAUGUCUAGAACAAGUCCGACUGUAACUACUGACAAGGUUUGCUGCAUUUUUUCAAAUAAUCUGAUUGUUGGUGUUGUGAAAGAAAAGUCGUUGGCAAGGUUUGCUGCAGUUUUUAGAUAAUUUGAUUGGUGUUGUUUGCUGUCUUUUUUUGCCCUUCUAUGCUUUGGUUCAUUUGCUUAACAAUUUGGAAAUUGGAUUUUGGUAUAAUUUUAUCAUCUACAUGAAUCUUUUUAAUCAUAUUUAUUUGCUUAUCCAAUCCUUCUCUUGGCUACCAUCAUUAGCUGCCUGUCACACACGUUACUCUAACUGUGCUCAUAACCACACCAAUGCAAGUAGCAAACUGCUGUAUUAUGAUUUGUCAAAACUAAUCAGCAAAUUUGCAGGAUAUAGUCAAAACAACUUCCCCUAGAUCAAAUAUCUUAAGGUGCAUCCCUGUAAUCCACUAUCCUGCAAACUAACUCAUUAUUUUAACCACUAGAUGCUUGCAUUCCACCAUGACCAGUUCGCUUCUAUUGAACCAUUCAAUGUCCCUGGAUUGAGUCUACACCUCUCUUCCAAAUCCAAUUUGCACGAGGCAAAUUCUUUUGACAUUGAGUGGACUUUCCCACAAGACUGACAAGAGCAAGUUUGCGGCAGAGACUUGGGAUAAGGAACCUGUUUACUUCCAUACACAUCAACUCCAUCAUUGGCAUGAGUCUUCUAAGUUUGAGUUAGGAUAAACCAUAAAAAGGACAAAGUCUCUAAAUCCUUCUAGCACUUCCAAUUUCCUAAACGUAUUCUUCAAGGCAUUUUGGUUGGCACUAUUGGAUUGAAAGCAUAUUCCUAGCUGUGAUAUUCUACAUCAAACACCCGAAUACAUUUUGUAUCCACAC